AUGGCACCAAAAAGCGGUUACAUGAAAAUCUCUGGUGAUAAAAAUGAAAAAGUCAGUUUUGUAUCUUCACUUUUUUUUCGUUGGAUGAACGAAGUCCUUAAAAAGGGCAGUCAAAGACCUUUGGAUCAAAAUGACUUUUUACCCUUGUCAGACGAGAACUCGGGCCGUUUUGUCACCGACAAGCUUCAGAAGAUCUGGGAGAGCGAGAAACAUCAUUGCAAGGUGAAUGGGAUAAGGCCCAAACUUUGGAAAAGCGUGUUUGAUAUGCUUUCUGCCAAAGAUGUUAUCAUCAUUUUGACGGGGAAUAUAUUGUGUACAACUUCUCGCCUUCUCUUUCCACUGUUUCUCGGGUAUCUUGUUUCUGAGCUAAUGUCAACUGAGGUAGAGAAUACUCAUCGGCUCUACGCCUGCGCAUUAGCUAUGUGUCUCAAUGGUUUGAUUGGUGGUCUUGGUAUGCACCAGCGAGACUACAGAUGUGAAAUAUUGGGGAUCAAAAUAGGAAGCGCCCUGAGGGGACUGGUGUACCACAAGGUAGGCACGAACACCCCAGAUUAAGCCGAACAAACUUGAACACAAGUAUCUAUCCGAUAUAGAAUGAUUUUUUCUAGAAAUCUAAUCGACUGCAACUGGCUUAUGCCAUGGAGACCUAGAAGGAGAGGGAUAUUAAACAUCGUCGCUGGUGGCUGCUUCUGCGAGAGCAAGCAAUUCUGCUCACCAACAAAAGAAUCGAAAAAACAAACAGUUAUUUAGCCUGCAGUUACGUAGGCUACAGAUACCAUAACGUAUACGGCCGCGCUUCUGAACAAGACUCAAGAUGGCGCCUGAGUUGUCCCUCUUUUUACACAUUUAAAGAUAAUUUGGUAGAGGUUUGGUUACUCUCGUUUCGAAACGCAUUCAUGGAUAUCUAUAUGCAGGAGAUUAAGCUUAGAUGGUUUUUGGAACUUACUUCGUCUUUAAUGUCUAACCUGUACUUUCUUUCAGACGCUUCUACUCAGUAAGCAGACGUUACAUAGAUUUACUGCAGGACGCUUAUUCAAUCUGAUAUCCAAUGAUGUUAAAAAAAUGGAAGAAGAGACAGUCAUGUUUUUUUCCUCGGCCGUUUUCGCAGUCCCUGCUUAUGCAGGGGCAAUAUUCCUUAUCUACAAUUUGAUUGGUUGGCAGGCUGUUACGGGUGUGUUCCUCAUGUGUAUUCUCAUGCCAUACUUUGCCGUCUUGUCUUACGCUAAUGCUAAGUUGCGCUCGCGCACAGCUACAGUAUCCGAUGAGCGAAUCUCCCUAAUGAAUCAAGUAGUUUCCGGGAUCCGCGCGGUCAAAAUGCAUGCGUGGGAGGGCGAAUAUGGACGAAAGAUAAAACAUGUGAGAAGGUAAGGUAAUUAUAAUUUCUAUUCAGAAGUAGGCUCCAACAACUAGCUUAAUUCAUUCCCGUAGUUGUUGACCCAAAUUAUUCAAACCUCGGAAAUAGAUGACCACAAAUCUGUUUUGUCUCCACUGAAAGCUUCAUUAGCUAGGCAGUUUAAACAUGCCACCCCCCCUCCAAAAGAAAGUCUUUGGACCGCUGUAUGAGCCUAUCAGAAUACCUCUUUUCACAAAAAAUAAGUGUCUCUUGUAAGCCAUAUCAUAACCGAAGGACUGGGCGGUCAGUAAAUACUAGGUAGAUAGUGUUAAAAGUGCACUCUGAAAAUGAUUGGCUACUCGAACUCCGAAUCGCCUUUGCAAUUCACUUUCGAGCGACUCGCGCGGGAGUUGCGCCCGAAAAUAUUGUGAUCGUCUUUACCUCAGUGUUGGUGAAAGGGGGCGGAUAUCACCUCUACUUCAGAUAAUAAUCGAUCAUUAUUAUAGGUAGAACAUCUCAUCUAGUCUAACUUGUCUUCAAGUUAUUAUUAUUUUUUACACGCUGUUAUAAGGUGCGCUUGCUGCCCGCUCACCUCGUUUAUAUUUUAAAUCAAUGAGAACACUGACGACGAGCUGGUUCGACAGAAUGCCCACAUAACUUAUGAUAACCUUCUACCUUCAGAAAUGAAAUCAGGGUCAUUUCGAAGAGGACGACCAUUCAGUCAAGUAUCGAUGCCUUGUUAUACAGUGCAACGCCACUGGCCACUCUGGUGUCAGUAAUUACUAUGGUACUUACUGGUCAGACCCUCACGCCCGCCAAUGUUUUUAUGCUGCUGUCGUUUAUGGGUGUUAUAAAAUUGAGUGGCAUGUUGAAUAUGACAUAUGGUUUAAUGGUAACGUGUGACGCCUACGUUUCGCUCGGAAGAAUCGAAGAAUUCCUUCUUUUGGAAAAUCUGUUUAAAGCCACGGAGAGUGAUGAAAGCAACGAGCCCCAACAAAAAGCGAAAAUUGCCUUGACUAACCAAAGUCCCAGUUACUUGAAAAAAGAAGAGGAAAAUACGGAGAAAGUUUCCCUCUCUCGUCAAGCAACAGAAAUAGGUCCCACUAUACUAUGUGUGUCAAAUUUAAGCUACGCAAAAACGCAUCGUGAAGAUGAAUUUAUUCUUGAGGAUAUCAACUUCUUUGCACCUUCAAAGAGUUUAACAGUCAUCACCGGACCGGUUGGAAGUGGCAAGUCUACUCUGCUCUCAGCGAUCGCUGGUGAAACUUCGAAUUCCAGUGGGACGAUUGAUUAUCAAGGCUCUGUCAUUUACUUGCCUCAGACAGCUUGGGUGUUCUCGGGAACGAUAAAAGAAAACAUUCUGUUUGGUCAACCCAACGAGGAGUCCAAGUACGAAAGAAUAAUCGACGUCUGCGCUCUGAAAGAAGACUUCCAGCGGUUACCUGAUGGUGAUCAAACAGUUGUUGGAGAACGCGGCGAGGUUCUGAGUGGAGGACAACAGGCGAGAGUAAGUUUAGCUCGUGCAGUUUAUGCUGAAGGAGAUAUUUAUCUAUUGGAUGAUCCACUGAGUGCUGUCGAUUUUAAGGUUGGCCAACACAUCUUUAACAAAUGCAUUAAAGAUCUCCUAGGGGAUAAAAUCGUUCUGUUUGCCUCUCAUCAGCAACAGCACAUGGAAAAUGCUGAUCAAGUGAUUGUGGUUUACAAAGGGCGUGUUCUUGACAAGGGAAGCUUUCCUGAGCUGCACGAAAAAGGUGUUAUCAAUUCAAUUGUUGACCCGCUCUAUAACGCAGCUCUGAAGGACAAAACGGACUCAUCUAAGCCGUUCUGCUGGGAAGAUAUGGAGGAGCACGAUGAUGCUGAAAAGUGCCGGAUAAUACAUCCCCUGACCAAUGAGGCGAAGAGUUUAAAGAUAGCAAAGGAGGAUCGUACAAUCGGAGUUGUGACAUCCAGACUUUAUUGGGACUAUUUCAGAAGUGGAGCACAUCCUUUGAUGAUAACUGGAAUGGUUGGUUUAAGUCUCAUUACUCAAGGUAAACCUAUUGUUAGAGUGAGUUACAAACCUUGGGUUAAGCCCUAAUUUCUUUUAUUCUAUUUCGUGCAAAUCAUUUCGCAAUGACUAUGCUUUUUACCAAGAAUACGCGUUGUUUUGAGAUUAGAUGGUAGAGUUAAGAGACACUGCAGAAAUUUCUGACCAUGUUCUUGAUAUCUCACUUGCUCGUACAAGUGCGACAGAGCGCGAGUGAAUGGCGAGUCACGCCUCCUCGAGUUUGCCUUGCACUUGUCUCCACUCGCCUGAAAAAAAAAAAACACUCGCUCUACAAACUAGCUAUAUGAGACAAAAUGUAGUUUCUAACAAUAUUUUUACGUAACAUGGUUGACCGCUUCAUUUUUUCUGUGUCGUUGUGGUGUUUACAAAAACAUUCCUAGGACACUAACGGUAGUAACUAAUCCAGGCGAGUUGUCUCUAGUCCCAAUAAAUCUUACAUUGUUCAACCGAGUGAUGAUAUAGAAAUACAUUUCAACCACUACGUAUUAAUCAUAUUUCUUUCAGCCAUCAUUGCUGCUCCUGACUUGUGGCUCUCGUUUCUUGCAAGGCUAGAUCCAGAGGAUCAGAAGAACGAGACAAAUCUAUUUGUCUUCGCCUGUCUGGUUGGCGCGUGUUUCACAGUUACUAUCGUUUGGGCUUAUGGAUUCUUGAAUGUUUGUCUAAAGUGCGCCGAGCGUCUUCACGAUAAAAUGGUUGUGGCCAUUUUACAUGCACCUGUCCUGUUCUUUGAUUCAAAUCUAGUGGGAAGAAUCCUAAAUCGCUUCUCCAAUGAUAUUGGCUGCGUAGAUGAGAUGUUACCCAAAACAUUCCUGACGACAAUGCAGAUGUUCUUAGUGAUAUUUUCCCAAAUUCUGGUAACAGUUGCCACAAAUGUUUGGCUCAUAUUUCUUGUUGUUCCAAUUUACAUGUUGGUCGGUUUUCUAUCCAAUUAUUACUUGAAGACUGCCAGAGAACUAAAGAGGUUAGAGUCGAUAUCCCGAAGCCCAGUGUUCGCUCAUUUUUCGGAGACCCUGAUAGGACUAGACACGAUUCGUACGAGAGGAAGACAGACAGAUUUUGUGGAUGCACUCUACAGGUAUGUUAGAGACAUUGAUUCAGUUUGUGGUGUCAGAGCCGAUAAAUGCACAGGGCAAAAAUGACUCAUAAUCGCUCGUUUUCUGCGAGCUAUUUUCUUUAAUUUGCCGGCAAUACGCGAAAUGGCAUGACGUUUCUUUUGUAAUCCUAUCCGGUACGUGCUGAGACACUGGUCAGCAAGUGGACCUUUAGGUACAAGGCACGGUGGCGAAACGAAGCUAUCCGAAAGAGGCACGAGGGGUAUUACCAGUUGUGAGACUACAGUAAUUGCUCUGUGCGGUUUUCAUCCUUCUGAUAGGGUUUCAACAGUCGUAUAAUAUGAACCGUCAAUCAACAAGAUCGCGUGACGUAGAAAUUUCACAAUUAGUCAAAACUAUGACAAAUGUAUGGAACGUAUAAGCGAUGUUAGUUUCUUUCUCUAAUUUUGCCACAGUUUUGAUCAAUUGGUAAGAGAACGUCAUGUCGUGCAAUUCUGCCUUUAAUAAUACUCGUGAUUAAAAAAGUCAGACUCCCGCCUCGCAGUCGUCCCCUUUUGUUAAUCACUCGUAUGAUUACUGGCCGAAUUGAACUCCACUCAGUCCUAUGACCAUUAUGAGUUUAAUUAACAGGAAGUACAGACGAGUGGCACUCGUCUUCUACUUCUGAUAAAUGUUAUACCUAGCAUACAAGAUGUAGUUGAGAUAGUGAACAAUUAAGAACUGGUCUGUUUUUGGCGAAUUUACCAUUUUUAAUGGAAAAGUAUUCAUAUCGUUAAGAAACUCGGCUCUAGCGGCUCUCACUUCAUCUGGACGAAUGGAGCAUACCUAAGAAUGAGAUGUGGUUACGGAAAUGAUCUUUCGGAUACUUAGCAAGAAGCUUACGGAUGUUCCUUGGAGAGUAACAUCUUUUUGAGGGGCUGGGGUGUCGGGCGGAAUUUAUUGAAGGGCUCCGUUACAUUGUCAGGCUAAAGGAGACACUGGUCUCACUUCAGUGUGCAGACCCGAUGUAAUCUCUUUGAGAUUAUUUUUGGAUUGAUUGUCGUAAGGAAAAUAUUAUUUUAUAAUAACAAGCCAAUCAAAACAAAAGAAAACAUCACAAGUAGUGACAGAGGACUUAACUCAAAAAUAAGGAAACGGCAAUGAACGCUGACAAACGCGUUCGACCAACAGGCGGUUGGUUUUGCGCAAGUUUGCCGGACCAAUCACCUAUCAAAGUAAUUACCAAGCUGUUACAACCCGGUUUAUUUUCGACAGUCAACUAAAAAAGAACUCCAUUAUCAAAACUUAUUGUGAUAAAAACUUUUCCCUUCAGAUAUCAAGAUGUUCAUAAUCAGGCGUAUAUUAUGGUGAUGGCCAGCGGUAGGUGGCUCGGUGCACGUUUGGAUUGUCUCGCUUCCUUUUUAGUCGGUGCAGUUGCUCUGGCUGCAAUCUUGGUAUCUCAGGAUGCCGGUGAGCUCAAGAUUCUUAGUAAAAUUUUUGAGUCUUUCUAUGUAAAGUAAGAAUCUAUAUAGUCGUGUAUUAACACAGCAUGAACAACUGAAUAAUAAAAUAAGUGUGACUAUACGUGCUCUCUCAUGAACGGGUGGUUUCUAAACACGACAGGAACGUGAGAGUCAACUCGGGUGGCUUAAGUGCAGAGCAAACUUUCAAGUGUCUUCUAUGAUUCAAAACAGGAAACUUGUGCUGAUAACUCCUCUGCACCUACUUAGCUUGGAGUCAAAACAAUGACAUUGAGAAAGAUGUAAAAAAAGACGCUUUAUUUAUUCCCUCCCAUUAAGUGACUACCUGGUCUAGGCUAGGUAACCUAGCCUUGUAAAGCUUUCGUUAUAUGUUUUGAGCUAUCGAGAAAAAACAGGUCCGGAAUUUAUAGACUUAGGUUCUAAUGUUUCUUUCCAGCUUACGCUGGUCUCGCUCUUGUUUACGUCAUCCAAACUCUGAGCGCGACUCAAUACGCUGUUAGAAAAACGUCUGAAGUGGAAAACUAUAUGACAUCAGUUGAGCGAGUUAUGACUUACACCCGACUCGAUCAGGAGCCUGGAUACGAAGAAGAACGAACACUGCCAAAAGACUGGCCUCGGAGAGGAAGUAUUGUGUUGAGAGAUGUAUCAUUGACGUACUAUCCGGGGGGACCUCAAGUGCUGAAGAACAUCAAUCUUAGCAUCAAAGCAGGAGCAAAGAUUGGAGUUGUCGGCCGUACGGGAGCUGGGAAGUCAUCUUUUGUAGCAGCUCUCAUGCGGAUGCCUGAUGCUGAUGGAAAGAUAAUCAUCGACGAUGUUCCAAUUAAAGAGAUAGGCUUCCAACAGGCCCGACGAGGUAUCUCGGUUCUUGGCCAAAGUCCUGUCCUUUUUAGCGGAUCUUUGAGGAAAAAUCUCGAUAUUUUAGACAAGUUUCGAGACGCUGAAUUAUGGCAGGCUUUAGAGGAUGUGCAACUGAAAGACUUUGUCGAGAGGCUUGAGGCCAAGCUGGAUCACGAACUGCUGGAGCAUGGUGCUAAUGUCAGUGUUGGAGAGCGGCAGUUAAUUUGCUUGGCUCGUGUGCUGCUACAGCGAAGUAAAAUCGUCGUCUUGGACGAGCCAACUGCGCAUGUUGACCCAGACACAGAGCAGACGAUUUGGAAUGUAGUGCGGGACAAACUGAAGGAGUCGACUGUCAUCACUAUAGCUCACCGUUUGAACACGAUAAAAGACUGCGAGAAAAUUUUGGUCUUGAAAGAUGGAAAAGUUAAAGGGUUUGACAAUUUUAAAAUUGAAUCCAAAAAAAAAAUAGGACGACAGGUUCAAAAAAUUUUCACAACCAAUCCAUACGGUUAA